AUGUCCGAUAAGCAUCAGCUGCAAGCGAGGACUGACAAGAUCGAUAUUCCAUUCAGCUGCUUGGGUUCGCAAAGCCCUGGCAUCUGCUUCACUGUGUCCGCUGUAGGUGUAACUUUGUACAAAGUCGGGAAUUAUCUUCACUACCACGCCGUCCAUUCCGUCGACUCUCAGAACAAAGGCGCCCUGGACUUUGUCUUUGCGAACGGAAGAAUACCUGUCGGAUAUGGCCCAGGUAUCAGCGGCCAACCUGGGAAGAUAUGGAUCGAUUCACGUAUGGGCCCAGGAGUGAGGCUUGAGCACUAA